UCUGCGCUUUAAACCAGCACCGCGCAAACGGAUGCAAGCGCGCACACAUCAUCUGUGUAUUACUGAGGAUCCUUCAGCAGCACAGGGCACUCAAGAAUCAGCCUAUGUGCAAAACAAAAGUUAUUAAAUAUUGGUAAAAAUGGUGCUUUGGUAAUGUCAACCUAGAAAAUUUUGCAUUGUCCAUUAAUGGCUCUGUGUAUGUAUUAAUAACAUGCAUUUUUAAAAGAAUUUUAAAAAAUGGAGGUAGAACAUUGGAAGAGACUGUUGGAGUGUUUAAAUGGCACUUUGAACGGGAGUCUGGACCUGAGCGACAAUAACGACACGUGCGCAGAAGAGCGCUUUAUUUCCCCAGAGCAACCUGCACGAGCUAAAGAAAUGGACUCCGUGCGGAUUCUGCUGUACUCUCUGAUUUUCCUGCUUAGUGUCUUUGGCAACCUGCUCAUCAUUGUGGUUUUGGUGGUGAAUAAGCGAAUGCGGACGGUCACCAACUCCUUCCUUCUCUCUCUGGCUGUCAGUGACCUGAUGAUGGCUGUGUUUUGCAUGCCCUUCACCUUCAUCCCAAAUCUGCUGGAGGACUUCAUCUUUGGAGCUGCCAUGUGCAAGAUCGUGGCAUAUCUCAUGGGGAUUUCUGUCAGCAUAUCUACCUUCAGUCUUGUGGCCAUAGCAAUCGAGAGAUACAGUGCGAUCUGUAAUCCUCUGAAGUCACGGGCCUGGCAGACGCGCUCCCAUGCAUACAAGGUUAUCACUAUGACUUGGGCUCUGUCUUUCCUUCUCAUGACCCCAUACCCAAUCUUCUCCUCACUUGUAAGCUACACCAAAGCUAACAACAUCACCGCACAUAUGUGCCGCCAUGAUUGGCCCAAAGACCAGGUGAAGCAGGCUUGGUGCAUCCUGUUGCUGCUUAUUCUCUUUGUUAUACCUGGAGUGGUGAUGACCAUUGCUUAUGGGCUCAUCUCUCGAGAGCUUUAUUGCGGAAUACAGUUUGAGAUGGCGCAGAAGAAAAGCCAUAGUGGAACGAGGAAUGGUGCAACUGCCACCUUCUCAUCUGGCAUUGAUCAUGGUGAUGGCUGCUACAUUCAGGUAUUGAAGCGCCCUUGCUCCAUGGAGAUGUCCACUCUGACCCUGGCUGCCUCUGCCAAGGUGGACCGUCCUCGCAGCAACGCCUCUGAGACCAAGCUUAUGGCCAAAAGGCGUGUGAUCCGCAUGCUGAUUGUCAUUGUAACCAUGUUCUUCAUCUGCUGGAUGCCCCUGUACUCUGUUAAUACCUGGAAGGCAUUCCAUCCACCUUCUGCCCACAGGGUUCUCUCUGGAGCCCCAAUCUCUUUCAUUCACCUCCUGUCCUACACUUCAGCCUGCGUCAAUCCCAUGAUCUACUGCUUCAUGAACAAGCGGUUCCGCAAGGCUCUGAUAACUACUUUCUCCUGCUGCUGCCACUCAUGCCGGCCACGGAGCUUCAGUGAGGGAGAUGAUGAUGUCACUGCCACUGGGGCAUCUGUUUCGAAGUUUAACUACACCACCAUCAGCACAAUGGGGCCAUGCUAAUUUCCAGCAAAUAAGGGAGGUGGCUUGAUCUUACCCUUCUACCUAAGAUAGACGGAGACAGGGAUGGAGACGGUUCAGUGGAUGAUCAUUGCCUUGGACUGGUUGAAGACUAAAUGGUAAAUGUCUUGCCUUAAGUGGAAUAAACCUAAGGUUGGCUUUGCAGUAUUUGAGAAUGUGCUGCUGUGACAAGUUAAUUCUGUAGUAUUAACAAUAAUAUCAGCAUGCUAAUCCAUCACUUAUUGUUGUUUUGCAAUUUUUGAUUGAAUAUACUAUUGAAUAUGUAUAAUAUGCUUAUUGUUACCUGUAUUUUAUUAUACUUACAGUAACCUAAUGCUGUUUUUAAGGACCUACUGUAUUGUGUUGUGGAGAUGUUUUGUUCCUUUUAGCAGUAGGUGGGAUAAAUAAUUGAUUUUGAUUUAAAACAAAUAUACAGAUGUGUAACAUAGUAAAGUAAAUACGUUCUUCUUGAGUGGAGAAAUAUGAAGAGUGGAAAUAUUUCUAGACCAGCGUACUGUGUGGUAGUUACAAUUAUAAACCUGCCAUGUAGUAUGUAGACAAGACAUCUUUAUACUAGUAGACAUGUAUAAAAAAUACUGAGCAGACCCACAUGGAUGGAAUUGAUUUUGCAUCAAGAUAAUAAGAGGAAAAGAUCUACAUGACUUUGAAAUUGGUUUCAUUAUUGGGGCUCACAGGGCAGGAGAUUUAGUAACAAAGAUUGUCUUAAUAGCAACACGGAUUAAGUGACAUCUGCAUUUAGAUCUAUGGAACAAAUUCUGAUGUAAAGGUUGGAAACAAAUAUGAUUAUGAAAUAUUACAGAUACAUACUUGUUAAUUAUGUGACUAGUUGUCAGUUGUACAAUAAUAGAAAAUGAAACAAAAACACCACAGUACAGCUUUAAUUGCAACUGCAACUAAUUUUGGAAAGAAUAAUACGAUCAUACUAUAUUUUCUUGCUUUUCUUUGAUUGCACUCACUGGUUGGGGUUUUCCUUCAUGCACACACUCUUACUGGUGGAGAUUCCUCUAUGCUGCCAGUGACCUUGUGCUAUGAAUUUCUGGGUCAGGUGGACUUUAUGAUGCUUGAAAGCCCACAGGACGAUUUAUGGCUGUUUUUGUGUGUUUUGUGUGUAUCUUUGCAUUAUUUUUUUAUUUUUGUUAUUUUUCGCAAGCUGUCCACACACACACACACACACACACACACACACACACACACACACACACACACAC